ACCGUGGAGUUCCAUAUGUUUCGGGUCAUUUGCCGCUUAUAACAUGGAUAUUCCACAUUUUCAAGUCGCAUUGGACAAAGAUAAACCUGAGAAAGGAAUCAGAAGUUUAAUGCAAAAAAUCAAACCAGAAAUUGACUCAGAAGAGCUUGAAUUUGUGGAGUUUAAUGAAGGAAUUAGCAAUAAGUUAGUGGGCUGUCGGAAGAAAGGUUCACCUCGCAAAGAUCUCCACUUGUUUCGCUUGUAUGGCAACAAGACUGAACUAUUUAUUGACCGUAAAAUGGAACUAGAAACUUUUAAAUUGCUUUAUUCCAAGGGCUACGGUCCGCCAGUCUUUGCAACUUUCAAUAAUGGAAUAGCUUAUGGAUUUGUUGAAGGAGAAGUKCUGGAUUGCGUGACGAUCUGUGAUAAUCAUAUCACAAAGUUGAUAGCCGAGCACAUGGCUGAAUUGCACGCAAUUCCGAUUAAAAAUGAUUCAACUGCUACUGUCUUUAAGACCAUUUUUAAAUUUCUUAGCAUUGUACCAAGUGAAUUCYCAGACUCUUCAAAAAAUUUAAGCAGCAAGUAUCAUCCUUUACAAUGUCUUUCAGGUGUUGAUGAGGUAGAUUAUAGUCUUUAUCCAAAGAAGGAGCAACAAGUGAAGUUUUUAACUAGCUAUCUAAGGAAAGCUGCUGAACUUAGAGGUGAAGUUAAUCCAUCUCCCACUAAAGAUGAGAUAGAAAAGCUGUAUGUCCAAGCCAAUCACCAUGCAUUGGCUGCUCACUUUUUCUGGGGAGUCUGGGCACUACUACAAGCUCAUUUCUCUGACAUUGACUUUGACUUUUUAGGGUAUGGAAUAAUCAGAUUCAAUGAGUAUUUUAAUCGCAAAGAGGAGUUUCUUGCUCUUAAAUAUAUUAAUGAAUAAACAGAAUCUGUUCAUCACUUGAACAAUAUAAUCACAAUAUGACAAAGUUUGAAAUUUUAAUUGCACAAUCUAGUAUACAAAUUAAAAACCAGUAGUACAUUUUAGAAGUAUUUUAAAGAAAACAGUAAGACAGGGGCAGAUCCAGGAUGUCAGGAAGUGAACUUUGAUUUUUACAGCAAGAAAAAACUAUYUUUUCUUGAAAUUGUUGCCAUGCUUCCACCCUUGUCAAAUUCCACUUCAUAGAUGUUGGAAUUUCAUUUUAAUGAUUAAAAAUUGACAAUUAAAAUUGUUGUUAAAACUAGUUUAMUAUUUCUGAUCUAUGAAUUAUCAGAUACAAGAGUCACCCAGAAGGAGGGUGRCUAUUCACACAGUUCGCAACCCCAUGUAUAUGCCCAGGUAAAAUUGCACUGUUAACCUGUAAUACAUUUCUGUAAUUUUGAUGUUGUUUACAUGGAAGACGGCAUUGGCUAAUUUGUUGCUUUAUAAAAAGCAUAAUGGAGGCUACAGUGAAUUAGAACUGUUCAUAGAAUGAGUGUAUUUGGUACAACCAUUUUCAAAGGUAUUUAGUUACUGGUAUCAAUUAUUUUAAUGUUUAAACAAGCAGGACUUGUAAAAAUGUUUUAUCAAUAAACUAUUUCUGGGGAUUU